GCCUUGUCCCGGUCCCGCCGCGUGGCACCACAGACUACAUUUCCCGUGGUGCCUCGCGGCGGGGCACACAGGGAGGCGGGCCCAGCGCUGCUCGCUGUGCACGCCGGGAGUUGUAGUCCUGCGCGGCUGCAGCGCGGGCAGCGGGGCGCUGCCGGCAGCCAUUACCGGGAGCGCGGAGUCGCCGCUGUCGCCUUGCCUGGCUCCGCGGCCCCGCUGCCGCACGGGGAGGGGCCGCCAUGGCGGCGUAGCCUCGCCCCCGCCCGCCCCUUCUUCCCCGCUGCGGGCGCUGAAGGCGCGGCGGCGGUGCGGCCUAGCGCGGAGGGUGGAUCCCCGGCCUCGCGUAGCGGCUGCUGCCCGCCAAGGGCCGCCCUCCCCGGGGCCAUGUCCCUCGUGGCCUACGCCAGCAGCGAGGAGGACAGCGAUGCCGAGGAGCCUGCGGGCGAGGAGGAGGAAGCCGCCGACUCUCCUCCAUCCGCGGCCGAGCAGCCCUCAUCGCGGGGGCUUUUCGCCGCGCUGCCCCCGCCCAGAGCCCCCGCGGUACCCCCGGCCUUCCUCAUGGGCCCCCCGCCCACCCUGAGCGGCUUCGGCAGCGUCCCGCCGGGCCAGGCCGGCACCGAGAGCCCCCCAGAGCCGGCUGCCAGCGGGGACGGGGCCGCGGAGCCCCCCCGGGCCAAGGGGCUCCUCCUGCCGCCCCCCAGGAACGCGGGCACCGCCGCCUCCCCCCUCAGCCCGCCCCCCGCUGCCUCCCCCGGGGCGGGUUUGGGCCUCCCCAAGCCAAAGAAGAGGACGGAGCCGGUGCGGAUCGCGGCGCCCGAGCUGCACAAGGGGGAUUCAGAUUCAGAGGAAGAUGAACCAGCAAAGAAAAAAAAUACUCUUCAGGGACGCAGCGAGGGUUCCGGCUUGUCCGCUCUGCUCCCUCAGCCCAAAAACACCCCAGUGAAAGAGACCAAUCGCUUGCUCCUGCCCUACGCCUUCUCCAGGAAAGCAGGAGAAAACUCCUCUGACUCCAAGCCUGCCAAGACCCCGAGCUCUUCCUCCAAACCCAAAGCCGUGCCCAAGCCGGCCGUGCCCACCACCCCGUCCCCGUCGGCCAUCAAGGCGGCGGCCAAGAGCGCGGCGCUGCAGGUAACCAAGCAGAUCACCCAGGAGGAGGAGGACAGCGACGAGGAGCUGCAGCCAGAGAACUACUUCUCCUUGUCCGACAGGAGCGAGCCUGGCACCGUGGGCACCGAGCCCUACCUGUACCCGGGCUCGGAGGAGCCUCCUCCCGGCACGGAGCCGCAGCCCCAGUUCCAGGACGCGGCCGCUAACGCCCCGCUGGAGUUCAAGACAGGGGUGGGCUCCAGUGGAGUUCAGCACAGCUGGGCACCCAAACCCACUGAGGACUACAGCAGCCAGCCCUAUGGGCAGUUCCCCUCUGCCUAUGGAGAGCCUGGGGGUUACUACCAGGAUUACUACAGCAGUGGGUACUACCCCGAGGUGGAACCAGCCCAGGCCUCACCACAGGAGAGCAGCACCGACUCCUCCUUCAUCGACGACGAAGCGUUCAAGCGUCUGCAGGGCAAGAGGAAUCGUGGGAGGGAGGAGAUCAACUUUGUGGACAUCAAAGGUGACGACCAGCUGAGCGGGGCCCAGCAGUGGCUGACCAAAUCCUUGACGGAGGAGAAGACCAUGAAGUCAUUCAGCAAGAAAAAGGGAGAUCAGCCCACAGGACAGCAGAGGAGAAAACACCAGAUCACAUACCUGAUCCACCAGGCCAAGGAGAGGGAGCUGGAACUGAAAAACACAUGGUCUGAAAACAAGCUCAGCAGAAGGCAGACUCAAGCCAAGUAUGGAUUCUGACACAUCUGUCCUGCUUUUUGGCUGCUGUGUCCGGUGUCUGCUGGGCUCCUGGAGAUCAGCCAGGCCCCAGCAUGGGGCUGGGAGGACACUGCACUCCCUGGCCUGGCAGGAAGAAGGGGCAUUGCAAGCAGGUCCUGAAACUCCAGCUGUAAUCCUUCCCCUCCCUCCUUGUAAACGUGGAAGGUUCUCACCGGCCAAGGACGGUCCCAAGGCACCACGGGGAACGUGCUGGGUGUGAGGCUGCAGCUCCUGUCCUCAGGGAACAGGCUGGGCCUCCUGACCCUUCAGCAGAGGCUCAAUAAACUCCCAGUUCCCACUUUGCUCCUCUCUUGGA